AUGUCAUAGAAUCUUUAGUUUGAGUCACUUAAUUAGUCAUACCUCCCUACAAUAUCUCGUUCACAUUUCACGCAUCUAACACUAGAAUCUCUCUACAAGAGAAAUUAUAGGACCAAAAUCUUCUUAUUUUACACAUGUUUUUGACCCAGUAAAAUCACAUUGCCCUAACUAUUGAAGUACAAAUGUCAGAAAAUUCUCUGGCCCAGACACCUGGUUAAAAAAAAAAAAUGACCGUAUCAAAUCAACUAAACUUGACAUAUUUUCAAACUACAAGAAUACCAUGAGCCAAAAAUAGUUUCAUUUUUAUCAUCAAUUGUUUCAUCCUCCACCACUAUGGCAGAAAAUCCAGAUCCUGUAGGUUCAGUUGCCUUGACAAUCACAGAAGAGAAGCUAAUGACCUCCGAUCAAGAACCUAAACGAAGAAAAUCCAUUCAGAUCAAACAUGUGAUGCUUCCAUUAAUCAUGUUCUCUUUCCUUCUCUCUCUUCCAAUUCUUUUCUCCAUCAUAUGGCUGAUAUACACGCGACAAUACGAGUGCGAAGACCUCCUCAGCCUGCCAAGGCUACAAAUAGCCAUUGUCAUUGGCUUGAUCAUUGUCUUCAUUGUUAACAACCUUGUUGUAUACCUGAGGGCUCGAUUUCCAGUGCCGGGACUUCUCUCUGUUAUGGUGCUACUGAUUUUGAUGCUUAUCGUCGGUCUGGGCCUGGUUGGAGCUUACAAAAAGGAGAUCCGAACCAUACCCGGUUCGCCAAUCUGGAUCGAAACAAAAGUGGAUAAUGAGAACAAUUGGAACAAUAUCAAAUCUUGCAUUUAUGAAACAAGAACUUGUGCUGAUUUGGCGUCAAGUUCGUCUAUGCUCACGGCCUACGACUUCACCAGGAGGAAAUUGUCUUCCAUUGAGUUCGGAUGCUGCAAACCACCGACAAGUUGUGGCAUGGAGUACGUCAACGCAACAUUUUGGGCGGAGGAGGAACAAGAAAUUGACAACUAUAUUCCGAACGACAGAGAUUGUGAUAUGUGGAGGAACGAAGAGAACAAAUUGUGUUACAAUUGCAAUGCUUGUAAAGAAGGAUUUCUGAGAACGUUACGCGGAAAAUGGCGGAAAAUUGGGAACUUCCUUGUAGCAAUGGCGCUCUUACUCAUUAUCUCACAUCUAAUUUUGUUUGUGGCUACAAUGUGGGACCAGUAUGGAUAGUUAAGAAUUCUUGUUGAUCCCAUUUUAUUUUAUGUUUCAAACAAAAUUCUAGUUUUAUUU